GCUGCAAAUGGAAAACCGCCCUGUUGUUCUUUGUGAGUGGAGUGCUGGUGGGUGUCAUCAUCACGCUGGUGCCUGUGAUAGUGCUCCAGCAUCGUGAGUCGUGCUCACCUCACCCUGAAAAUUCCGAUGUAUGCCCUAAUGCUUGGGUUGGUUCCCAAGGGAAAUGCUAUUGUUUCUCGGACACAGAGAGUGACUGGAACAGCAGCAGGGAGCACUGCCAGCGCCUCGGAGCUUCCCUGGCCACCAUAGACACCAUGGAGGAGAUGGAAUUCAUGCUGUGGUACCAGGGCUCGGCAAACUGUUGGAUUGGGCUGCACAAGGAAGAAGGGGACGAGCGCUGGACAUGGGCCGAUGGCAGCGCCUUCACCAACUGGUUCCCGGUACGAGGUGGAGGCCGGUGUGCGUACCUGAACGGGGACAGGAUCACCUCUGGUCUCUGCCACGUACAAAAAUACUGGGUUUGCAGCAGAGCCAACAAGAAUAACCUCUGUAAGAAUGGGACAUAUCCACAGUGACAGAUCCCAUCCCCAGCAAGCUCGUGCCAAUGCUGCUGUUCUACGGUGCCAUCGAUGUCUACUGGAAUCUGCCUCUUUCCAGCACUGCUGCAGUUGUUCCAGCAUGGAACAAUGCAGCUCUCCUCCUCGUUCUCUCUCAGGAAAUAUGCCUGUUGCACUGUGCCUUAAAGGGAGGGUCCUUCCAGGGUCCUUGAAGGUCACAGCACCAUGGGACGGUCGGGUCGCAAGGGUCAGGAUCGCUGCCCCCGACCCCUCCUGCAAGGA